AUGGCGAUUGAUCUCAAGGCCGGCGGGCGGAACAAGAAGACCCACAGGACGGCCCCCAAGAGCCGGAAUCCCUACCUCCUCCUCCUCGUCAAGAUCUACCGCUUCCUGGCGCGGCGCACGGGCAGCCCGUUCAACAAGGUGGUGCUGCGCCGCCUCUUCAUGAGCCGCACCAACCGCCCGCCCGUCGCGCUCUCGCGCGUCCUCGAAUACGGCGAGAACAAGGGCGCGGAGGCGGUGGUGACGGUGGUGGGCAAGGUGACGGACGACAAGCGCCUCUACGCCGUGCGCGAGGGCGUCAAGGUCUGCGCCCUGGCCUUCUCCGCCACUGCGCGCGCGCGCAUCGAGAAGGCGGGCGGCGAGUGCCUCUCCUUCGACCAGCUCGCGCUGCAGCGGCCCACCGGCAACAACUGCCUGCUGCUCCGCGGCAAGGUGACGAGCCGCGAGGCGUUCAAGCACUUCGGCCCCGCGCCCGGUGUGCCCCACAGCAACACCAGGCCAUAUGUGCGCAGCCAGGGCCGCAAGCGGGAAAUGGCUCGUGGUCGCAGGAACAGCCGCGGCUUCAAGACAGCGUCGCACCGUCGAGGCAGUUCAGCGGCACCGAACCUCGCUCCUCGCAACCGUCUCGUUGAAUUCGCCUCUGUGCACCUCGGUCGACCAUCGGCAAGCCACGCCGCGAGGCCACAGUCGAGCGCAUCAGGCGCGCCGCUCACUCGUUCUGCUUGCGUGCCGCGGGCCAUGGGUGGAACGAACGACUUGACGGCAAGCGACGCGGCGAAAGGCCAGGAAAGCCGGCAGCGCACCCGGACUCGUCGGUUCGCCAUCCUGCUGGCCGGCCACAGCAGGUGCCUUGAGAGCCGCGACCCUCGAAUCCGACUGGAGCCAUUUUUUACAGGCCUUUGUUCCCAGUGCACGUGGCGGUGCGUUCCACCGUUGGUGCAUGCAGCGCGCCAUGCCGUUGGAAUUGAGCUCCACCGUUCUCGUCGUCACGUUACUUUCCUUCCCCGUCGUCCUCAGUGCCUCGCCCUUUUUCCUCCGUGUCUCCCCCGUCUCUCCUCCGUCUCUCCCCCGUCUCUCCUCCGUCUCUCCUCCGUCUCUCCUCCGUCUCUCCUCCAUCUCUCCUCCGUCCCUCCCCCCACCCGCCCUCAACCGCGCGGCAGUCCGUACUCACAGCAGCGGUACGGCGACUACAGCGGCAUGUUCCUCUCGCUGCUCAGGGAUGGCGGACACGCUCAGGGGGAGAAGGCGGCAGGGGAAGGGGAAGCGGGGGAGCGGUGGGACGUGUUCUCCGUGGUGGACGGGCAGUUCCCCUCCGCGCAGGACCUGGAGGAGGUGGAGGCGGUGGUGGUGACGGGCAGCAAGCACGACGCGCAUGCGGACGACCCGUGGAUCCUACAGCUCUGCGCCCUGCUGCAGCAAUUACACCGCCGCCACACCAAGAUCCUGGGCGUCUGCUUCGGCCACCAGGUGGUGGGGAGGGCGCUAGGGGGGCGCACAGGGCGGGCAGCGGCGGGGUGGGAGCUGGGGAUCAAGCCCGUGCACUGCACUGCUGACGUGGCAUCGCUGCCAUAUGCUGCCGGCCUGCCAUCGUCCUUCAAGAUUCUGGAGAUCCAUCAGGAUCAGGUGUUGGAGUUGCCUCCCGAAGCUGUUCUCCUGGGAUCGUCACCGCGCACGCCCAUUGAGAUGUUUGCUAUAGGGGAGCAUGUGGUGCAUGCAGGGACACCCCGAGUUCACUAA